AUAUGUCAAUAGAACACGAGGUUAACCUCAAAGUUGAUUCAUUCUCGUUUAAUUUUACAGAGAAAAUUUUAUAAUUUAAAGUUAGAAAUUUAAAGAUUUUAAUUACAAAAAGUACGAUAAGAAUCCUUACGAAUUUAUCAAAAUGACAGAAGCAGGCAAAGAAGAAAGUUCAGAGAAUAAAAUUGUUAUUCCUCGAGGAAAACCAAAGUCAGGACGAGUUUGGAAAGAACCAAGAAAAAGGUUUUCGUCUAUUGUCAAAACAAAAGGCAUUCGUCAGUCAUUUGAAAAGAAGCAGAAAUUAAGGGAAGAUUUGAAACACAUUAAAGAAUUGUCAAGGGAAAAAGUGGCGAAAAUGAAAGAAGCAAAAGAAUUAAAAAAAGAGAGGAGGAGAGAUAAUUUGAAACGAGCUGAAGAAAAUCGAAAGAAAAGUGAAAUCGUCCAAGUUAUAACAAACACAGCGAAAAUAAAGAGAAUGAAGAAGAAGCAGUUGAGAAUGAUCGAAAAAAGAGACACCCUCAAAAUGAAAUAAAAUAUUAAUGUAACAUUUUCUUGUAAAUAGAGUAAGUAUUGUUCAAAAAGCGAAAAUUUGUAAUAAAACGACAAAAGUCAACAAAAGCAA